UUGCAUAUUAAAUUGAAAAAAUUGCCCAAAAUGUGCAGGUGUGUGGUCUGGUGCCGUCGGUGCGGAGCCUGUCGCUGUCCAGGGUACCUGACGUGUCCCCUCUGCUAAAGCUGAAGGCCGUGUCCAACCUAGAGCUGCUGCACUUCAACUCGGUCAACGUGGUGUCUGAGGUGGAGCUGAUGCUGUCGGCCUUUUCGCUGACCAGACUAUCCAUCACCGGGCAGCACAGCCUCGACCUCGACCUGGUGGCCUUGCGCUGUCCCCUCCUGCAGCACCUCCAGUUGCAGUGUCCCCUGGAUAUCGGCACCAAAGCAAACAGGACUCACUUCCGCAAGUUGGAGACCCUGGACUUGCGGCCGGCGGAGCUACAGGAACUGCCCCUGGCGCCCUUGGAGGCGGCCCUGACAUCGCCCUGCCUUCACAGGAUGGCCCUGACCAACGUCGUGUUGCCCGUCAAGCUAAUGCACCGCCUGCUCGAUGAAGCGGAGGCUGGAAAGGUCGUCUACGCGCAUCUCCUGACUGUGAAACUCGAGCAUGUUGGCGUUGAGAGCUUUCUCGACAAGGAAACUUUGCUUCUCAGGUUUGUAGCCGUCUCGCCGACCCUGAGGGAGGUAUGUAUGAACAACAACAAGUACCCGUGCACCACCGAGAAGGAGAUCCAGCUGCUGAGACUAUUCGCCCGGAUCCACCGCGGAGAGACGCUCAGACUGCGCUCGUCCAACAAAAAGCUCAAUUUUAUCAGCUAAUGCUAUAUUUAUUUUUCUGGAAAAUUGACUUGCAUCGCUUGUUUUUUAGAAA